ACCAACUUCGCGAAGCAGGGAGCCCGACGGGGGGGGUGGGGGGAGCCAAAGACCUUCGGCCUCGGCCCCUUCCAAAGAGCCGGGAGAUGACGGGGAAAGCCGGGGAAACGCUGAGCAAACCCAAAGCCGAGACCGUGGCCAAGAGUACCUCGGGGGGCGCUCCGGCCAGGUGCACCGGCUUCGGCAUCCAGGAGAUCCUAGGCUUGAACAAGGAGCCCCCCAGCUCUCAUCCACGGGCCACCCUCGACGGCCUGGCCCCUGGGCACUUGCUGGCCGCGCGCUCUGUGCUCGGCCCCGCAGGAGUGGGCGGCAUGGGGCUGCUGGGACCCGGGGGGCUCCCCGGCUUCUACGCGCAGCCCUCCUUCCUGGAAGUGCUGUCUGACCCGCAGACCGUCCACUUGCAGCCGCUGGGCAGAGCGUCGGGGCCUCUGGACACCAGCCAGACGGCCAGCUCCGAUUCUGAAGAUGUUUCCUCCAGCGACCGAAAAAUGUCCAAGUCAGCUUUAAACCAGACCAAGAAACGGAAGAAGCGGAGACACAGGACAAUCUUUACUUCCUACCAACUAGAGGAGCUGGAAAAGGCAUUCAACGAGGCCCACUACCCAGACGUCUAUGCCCGGGAGAUGCUGGCCAUGAAAACGGAGCUACCUGAGGACAGGAUACAGGUCUGGUUCCAGAACCGCAGAGCCAAGUGGAGGAAACGGGAGAAGUGCUGGGGCCGGAGCAGCGUCAUGGCGGAAUACGGGCUCUAUGGUGCCAUGGUGCGGCACUCUAUCCCCCUGCCAGAGUCCAUCCUCAAGUCAGCCAAGGAUGGCAUCAUGGACUCCUGUGCUCCAUGGCUACUGGGGAUGCACAAAAAGUCGUUGGAGGCAGCAGCCGAGUCGGGGAGGAAGCCCGAGGCGGAGCGCCAGGCCCUGCCCAAGCUCGACAAGAUGGAGCAGGAGGAGCGGGGCCCCGACCCUCAGGCGGCCAUCUCCCAGGAGGAACUGAGGGAGAACAGCAUUGCCGUGCUCCGAGCCAAAGCUCAGGAGCACAGCACCAAAGUGCUGGGGACCGUGUCGGGGCCAGAGAGCCUGGCCCGGAACGUGGAGAAGCCCGAGGAGGAGGAAGCCAUGGACAAAGACAGGCCCACGGAGCCGCUGAAUCCACCUCAGCUAGAGGACAUGGCUUAGGUCGAAGGGUGCUCAGACCCGGCAGCCCAGGACUCUGCUCUUCUCCGGGGCCUGGGGUGCUGAGAGGUGUUUUCUGGGGCAGGGGCUAAGCCUGGCCUCUGCCUCCCUCCCCCACCCCAUAGCCCCCACCCCGUUACCCCUUGGGUGACUGCUCAGUGCUGGCCGAGGCUUUGGACCACGUUGAACCAUCCCUCACCUCAUCCUCACCUCUCUGGCCUCCUCUUUCUCGUCCCAGAAGCGUUCUUGCUGCCCCAAACCACCCCUCGAGCCCCCUCACUCAAUCCUGUGGCAACUCUCACUGUCCAAAUCCACCCUAACUCUGUUUCUUGCCUAAAGAGCCCUCCUUCCCAGCUCUGCAUCCCUGUGGAUUCUGCUCCACUCACGCCU